AAAAGUAGUGCAAAAGUAAUUGUUGCCACGCACCGAGCUCGUUGAUAACCAACCGUCGGCAGUCGGGGUCUGCGAUUACGAGAUCCAGACUGCCAGACUGCCAGACUGUCAGACUGUCAGACUGCCAGCUAACCCGUCUAACUAGUUGAUUUUGGGGCACUUAAUCCACGACGCCCAGGCUCGGACACUCCGGUCGGGUAAAGUCAUGCGGCUCGACCGCUGGCCAGUGCCAGUUCUGAUUGGAACGGCCUUCCGAGCGGUACGGUCCGCUCACCAAUAGCAAUACCAAUAGCAAUACCAAUAGCAAUAGCCAACACUCCGGACACGGAUCUGCGCCAGGAUGUCAAGCCAUUCCCGCCUGUUGCUGUUGAUGGCCUUGCUGUUGGCCGUGUUCCUGGGCUCCCUGUCGGCAGAUCCUGUUCCGCAGGACACGGCCGGUGGCCAGGACUCGGCGCUGCGGGAGAAACGUGGCACCGUCACCCUGGACUUUGGGCUGCUCCUGCGAAAUGUGCUGCUGAAGAGCGCCCAGUUGUCCUCGGCCAAGGCUAAUUUUGUGAAGACCACUCGACGUCCUGCGACGACAACCACAACCACGGCAGCCCCGCCCCCUCCACCGCCACCGCCACCACCUCCGCCACCACGCAUCCGGAAACCCCUUUGGCAUUCGUUCUUCAGUUCCGGCUUUUUGCCUUUUGAUUACGACUACGCCGAUCCUCCGGCUCCUCGACCUUCGGCGCCUCCCCCUCCCCCUCCGCCUGCGCCACCUGCUCCACCCGCUGCACAGGCGCCCAAACGCGUCCGACCGCCGUUACGCCCCCUGAGCGCCUUCUACGCCCAGCGGCCAGUGGCUCGUCCGCCGCCCCCACCUCCGCCGAACUAUGACUACGACUACGACUAUGAUGCCCCUGCUCCGCCUCCAGCCCCCACAGAAGCACCACCGCCUCCCACCGCUCCGCCACGCCCACGCCCACGGCCUCGGCCACGACCUCGUCCGCAGCAGCAGCCACAGCAGCCAGAGCAGCCAGAGCAGCAGCAGCCCAAUCCUCAACAGCGGCGUCCUGCGCAGCUGGGGGAUCGCCUUAUCUAUCAGUACGCACAACCUACUGAUACCUUCUCUAGGUCGCAAGCUGAGGCGGAGGUGGCGGGAGACCCAGAUGGUUCCCAAGGAGAUUCAGAUACGGAUACGGAUACGGAUACGAAUACGGAUGCUUUUGGUGCUGAUGAAGCCGCAUCCGAUCCCCCUGCACCAGCACCAACUCCGCGAUUUUUGGUCAACUACGAGAGCGAUGGCGAUUUGGAUCAACGGGAUCAACAGGAUCAACCACCUUCCGCUCCUGCUCCACCUGGGAAUCCUGCAUAUCCGGGCGACUACUUCUCAUCCUUUGACCUUGGCAGCCUGAAUCGCUUCCCGAAUCACCAGAAUCAGCAGCAGUACUACUUUAAGUAAGCGGUAUAAUUUCUUAUUACACCUUUUACUUUUACCUUUGUGGCAAUUGAUUGAAUUGUCAAAGCUCCCAAAUAUUUUAGCAAUUGUAUUGCAGCGUGUGCUUAAAAUUGGCCGUUAACUAUAAAUAAAUAUAAGUACAAUUUUUUUAUACCCAGUUUACAUUGUCGACUUAACAUAGACGGUAAAUUAUAAUUGAAAUAAAGUCAUGUUAAAAGGUCUGACUAAUUUGUUUUCCAGAUCCAAUACAAUCUUAUUAUUAUUGGCGGCAAGCCAAUAGAAAUGUAAUGCGAAAAUGAAAUAUUCUUUAAAACAUUUAAAUUUUGAAUUACAUGCGUAAAUGUUAUGAUGAUUUUCAGCUCAAUUAUUCGAUCGUUUACAUGGCAGCUAUAUAACAUCGAUUUCCGAUUUGAAUAAAAUUACUAUGUCCAAAAGAAUUUAAGAACAAUUGAAAAUUAGAUAAAAUUUAACAAGAAAGGAAGCAAACUUCGGC